GCGGUAACUGGGUGACUGCCGAAUUCGUCUUUCCAUAUUGGCUCUGAUACCCACGUCGAAAGCUGUGUUCGAUUGAAACUGCUUUUGAGCCACAAUGGCGGUGCGACUCUGACGUGCAGCGCUUACAACCCAGACAGUCAACGCUACAGUUUCCCCAUAAACCUUGGGAGGCUCCAGUGAGAGGAGGAAACAGACCCGCCAUUUUCCUGCAAGCCUCCAGUCCAUUUAAACCCAGCAGGGGGAGGCGAAAAAAAGAUAGGAGACACAGAAGGGAAGGGAGCGAGAGAGGGGGGGAGAGAGUGAGAGUGUGUGGUAUAGGGUGAGGGUAAGAGAAAGAGAAGACCUUAAAAUAAAAAAGACUGGAUUUCCAUCUUUCUUUCAGAUCAACGUCCAGUGGCGGAACCGUGGAAGCCCCCGAGGGCAAUCCCAAUUCCAUUGAAUUUGGAAGAUAUACCCUGCAUUUCAUUCUUUGUGCAAAUCUGCGAAGAUGUCUGGACAAAGCAUUACGGAUAGGAUAACUGCAGCUCAACACAGUGUAACUGGUUCUGCGGUGUCCAAAACUGUAUGCAAGGCGACCACGCACGAAAUAAUGGGGCCAAAAAAGAAACAUUUGGAUUACCUGAUCCAGUGCACCAACGAGAUGAACGUGAACAUCCCUCAGCUGGCGGACACGCUGUUCGAGAGGACCACCAACACCAGCUGGGUGGUGGUGUUCAAGUCGCUCAUCACCACGCACCACCUCAUGGUGUACGGCAACGAGCGUUUUAUACAGUACUUGGCUUCAAGGAACACAUUAUUCAACUUGAGCAAUUUUUUGGACAAAAGUGGGUUGCAAGGCUAUGACAUGUCAACCUUCAUCAGAAGGUACAGCCGAUACCUGAAUGAAAAAGCCGUGUCCUACAGACAAGUCGCUUUCGACUUCACGAAAGUAAAAAGAGGAGCGGAUGGUGUGAUGAGAACCAUGAGCACGGAGAAGCUCCUGAAGACGAUUCCUAUAAUACAAAAUCAGAUGGAUGCGCUACUCGAUUUCAAUGUCAAUGCCAAUGAACUCACGAACGGGGUAAUCAACGCAGCCUUCAUGCUUCUGUUCAAAGAUGCCAUCCGACUCUUUGCCGCUUACAACGAGGGGAUCAUCAACCUCCUGGAGAAGUACUUUGACAUGAAGAAGACCCAGUGCAAAGAGGGCCUGGACAUCUACAAGAAAUUCCUCACCCGAAUGACGAGAAUCUCGGAGUUCCUCAAAGUGGCAGAGCAAGUGGGGAUCGACCGGGGGGACAUCCCGGACCUCUCUCAGUUUACGGUUUGUGCCCCAAGUAGUCUUCUGGAUGCUCUGGAGCAGCACUUGGCCUCCUUGGAGGGGAAGAAGGUCAAAGAUUCUACUGCAGCGAGCAGGGCCAGCACUCUCUCAAAUGCCGUGUCAUCGCUUGCGAACACCGGCAUAUCCUUCACCAAAGUGGACGAAAGGGAAAAGCAGGCAGCUCUAGAGGAAGAACAGGCUCGUUUAAAAGCACUGAAGGAGCAACGGCUGAAAGAGCUCUCCAAAAAGCCCUCUUCCUCGGCCACCACUGCCGCAUCACCUGUCUCCACCACCGGGGGCAGCAUCAGCACUGCCCCAGCCAUUGACCUUUUCUCCACACCCAGCUCAACAAACAGCACUUCAAAGGUGGGGAGCGACUUGCUUGACUUGCAGCCAACGUUUCAGCCGGCGAUGCCCAUCUCCACAGGGCUGCCUGUAGCCAAUACUUGGGGAGAUCCUUUCACUUCUACCGAAGCUGUCGAUGACUCCAUUCCAAACUUAAACCCUUUCCUCACAAAACCUGUUGUCGACGCUGUCCAUCUACCUGUUGUGUCUUCUGACGGUGUUAGUUUUUCCUCUAGGACACCCAGUCAUGAAAUGUUUGGUGAUCAUUACAAUCCCUUUAUUGAUUCGAGCUCCUCUGUUGCAACCAAUUACGAGCACACAUUUCGGAUAGAGCAGUUUGGCUCAGACUCCUUCUGUGGGCCAGCGCCUUACACUAACGCCCCUCUCUUCCACUCUGAGUCCUCUGCUGUAGCUGGCCUAUUUGGAGGGUUCACGGCAUCUCCAGCUCCUCAACCGCAGACCUCAAGAGGCCUUAACGUUGACUUUGACUCUGUGUUCGGCAAUAAGUCAGCCUCUGCUAACAACCCCGAUUCUGCAGACGAUGUUUUAGGUGGAAUCCUGAAACCCACAGUGGCCUCCCCGAAUCAGGGCCUGCCCCCCAGCAGCCAGCCGCCAGGGAAGCUAGUGUCAGACGAUUUGGACUCCUCCCUCGCCAACCUCGUGGGCAAUCUGGGAAUUGGAAAUGGCACAACAAAAAAUGACAUCCAUUGGAGUCAACCUGGGGAGAAGAAGCUCACAGGUGGAACCAACUGGCAACCAAAGACUGCCCCAACCACAACAUGGAACCCUGCUACCAUGAAUGGCAUGCAUUUCCCACAAUACGCCCCCUCUGUCAUGGCCUUCCCAGCAACAACACCCACGGGAAUGAUGGCGUACGGGAUGCCUCCGCAGGUAGGCUCCAUGGCGGUGAUGACGCAGCCCACCAUGAUGUACACGCAGCCUGUGAUGAGGCCGGCCAACCCCUUUGGCCCCGUGUCGGGAGCGCAGCCCUCCGCAGCUUCUAGUCCCUCCAGUCAAAGUCCUCUCAGAGCUCCAGGAAAGGACCCCUUUGCACAGCUCUCUCUCAAGGAUUUCUUGUAGAACAUCUUUAGAUGCAGUUCAUGUAGUGUGGAGGGAGUCGUUGCUUUCUGAAGAUGAGACGGGAAGCAGCAAAAACCUUCUCCUUUAAGCAAAAUCCACUUUGCUGUUUUACUCUUCACUGAGAAUAUCAGCCCAGCAAGGACUUCUGAAGGAAUCAAAGAGGAGAUGAUGGUGGGGGGAAAAAAUAAAUGUGUUUCAAGGGCGUCAGUGGACAUGGCGCUUAUUUUGUAAUUUGUCUAACAAGGUAACAGUGUGAGCUGCUGUUAUUGCCCCUACAUAGGGAUAAAGUCAUCCCGUUUGAUGUCUGUAAAGAAGAAAUUUGGGUGCCGAAGUGGGGGGUGGGGGUUUAGACUUUGCUGUUAUGUAUCAGAAAAUAGUUGGUUGUAACACAUACAGCUUGAUGUUUUCUUGAGGGGGAGAUCGGGGGGGGGGGGGUUUAGACUGGGGAGGAACCAUGAAAUCUUGAUCUGAUCAUCAAUCAUGCAUUACCUAAUUUAACUGUCACCAAUUAGAGAUGCUAACUACAGUUUAUACUACAAUUUAUUUUUACUUUAAUUUUUUUUAACUAUUACGUUUGCAGUAGACAUUCCUUGUGUAUUGUUUGUAUUUAUUUAUGAUUAUCCGUUGAAGACAUGAAAAAUACUAAUCACAUCGAACACUUCCUUGUGAGAGUGAAAUCAGAAUUAUACAUGGGUAUGGUUGACUGUAUAAUUGGAAUUUGAGAGUGACUGAGUUUAAAAAUAAAUAUCAAAAAAUAAAAAUAAAAAAAUUAAAAAAACACCUGUAAACUGACUGAUAGAGCACUAAAUAUUCUCUGAACCAGUUUUAUGUCUAGUACAAUUCUUUGUAGCUGAGAAAUUCACAACCCUACAUUUGUAAGGGAGAUAGGGGGGAAUAUACAAUUUAUUAAUCCACAUAGUCAAUUCUGUGCCUAGGGUUUUUGCAAGGGAACAUUUCUCUGACUAGCAAAGCACUACAUUCGUGAUUCAGCAGCAUCGCAUUGGGAAGGAUCUGUACUGCUUUUUGCUUGGCAUGUCAUUAUUUUACAUUGACAGUUAUAUGGCUGCCUUUCCAACCUGAAUGUGAGGAGUCGCCUUCAUCUUCUGGCCAUCUUUCCGAAGGCCAGCACAUUGGGGGUGAGGGUG